ACCCUCUGUUACAAGCGGGAGGUAGCAUGCAAUUGAAACGGAGAUGGGAUGAUGAUACUGUAUUCAAGAAUCAGUCUAGGAACCAGCCUAAGGGGAAAAAGAGGUUCAUCAACGAUGCAGUCCGCAGUGAUUUCCAUCGGAAGUUCCUCGACCGGUAUAUACUAUAG